AUGGCGGAGGCUACUGGUCGUGAAAUCACCGAUGCUAAGGACUACGUUGACUCGGUUAUGUAUUCGGGAGUGGAACAGAGCUGUGUAACACCAAAUAACAGAAAAAGACAUCGUAGUGAGAGUGGGUUAGCUGAUGUUGAGUUGGAGACGAGUAGCACAGUCAAGAAGAGCAAAUGUGAUGAGAGAAAUUCAAACAGUAGUGUUAUUGGAGAAGCUAGACGCACAUUAUAUGGUAAAAAUCCAAGGAAAAGUUGUGAGGAGACAAAAACUGAUGGAAGUGCUGUGUGUGAUUAUUCAUCAUCAGAUACAGACAAUUUAUCUAAGUUAAUCAUGAAGUUGUCUCGAGAUGUAAGUACAUUAAAUACUGAUAUGAACUGCCGAAAUGACAAGCUCGAAACCACGCUUGAAUCAAAAAUCUGUCAUAAAAUUGGAAAUUUGAUAGACAAAAGAGUGAAUGCUGAGGUUUCACGCCUAAAAUCAGACAUUAAUAUGAGAAUCAAUGCAUUUACCGAAGACAUACGUCAAGAAAUGGCCGACAUGGAAGGAAAAGUUAAGAAUAUUCUAGAAAUAUCCAAUGCUAAUGUUAACAAUUCUGAAAUCAGGAAGCAAAACGUGGCUGUGAGAGGACUACCAUACCAUGAGGGUGAAAACUUGAACGUUAAAGUCAACUCACUGAUCAAAGAUGGUAUUGGAAUAAAAAAUGUGUCUGUUUUGAAAACAGAGAGAAAAACUGUUGAAAACAGUGAUAAGCCAGGAGUUGUGAUUGCGACUUUUCAGUCUAUGGAAGACAGGAGGAAAGUGUUGUCAGUUAAAAACAAAUUGAAGGACUCCAACCAAUAUGACGGUGUAUUUAUCAGCAAAGAUAUGUCAUUUGAUGAGCGUUCAACAAGCAGAAACUUUAUGGUAAUUGUAAAUGCCCUUAGAGAAAAUGGCUGCAACAUAUCUUUGCAAGGUAACCGUGUUGUGCAACAGCGCAACAAUGGAAAAAAUGGAAGAUACAAUGCAUCAGGAAGACAAGACCGUAGCCCGUACAGAGACUCGUCAAGAUACAAUGACCAGGAUACAGGUGCCAGUGGAAAUGUACAUGGUGAUCGCGAUUCGUUUUCAAAUAAUCUAAGAAAUCGCGGCAAUUACAAUUCAAAUAAUAAUGAUCGUGCCCAUAGAAAUGACGUUCGCGGUUCUUUUUCAGGAAAUUCUAAAGGUGAUCAUGGGCACAGUGACAGACGUAAUUACUUUUCAGGUAACAGUGCCAACAGAAAUGACACUCGCGAUUCAUUUUCAGGAAAUUCUGUAGGUGAAAGAGACAAUAUAGAUGACAGUCGCGAUUCUUUUUCAGGAAAUUAUGCAGGUAAUAGUGGCAGAAAUAACAGACGAAGAGGUAGAAAUAACAGAGGCAACAACAGAAACAAUGAUAGAAACAGAUGA